AUGUUCUUUGCGACAACUUCAAUGCUAGGGCACAUUCUCGCCUUAUUUGCUGCUGUUACAGUGGUUUGGACAAGAGCAAAACCGGAGGCCAUCUCCAAUAAUCCCGAAAAAGGAGACAUAAUUCAACUUUGGAAUCUCCCAAGGAAUGACACGAGAGCUUACAAUGCCCUGCUCAAGAAUUCAUUCAGAAAAUGGUAUAUUACUGACGAAAAUGGGAAAAUCCUCAUACCAGCCGUUCUUACUGGGUCAUUUAGUUAUUCCGAGAGAGUGACGAUGCAAAACGCUAUCUGGCGAAUCACGAACAACACUUGCAUUCGGUUCAUUAAACGUAGUGAUCAAAAGGACUACGUGGAUAUUAUUAACGAACGAGGCCAAGGUUGCUUCGCGCACGUCGGACGCGCAAAGGGCCGUGCCCGCUUGCAACUCGAAUCUAACGAAAAAACAUCAUGCAUCAAACCAAGAGCUGUGAUUCACGAGCUGCUGCACAUUUGCGGCUUAUGGCAUGAGCAUAUGAGAUACGAUCGUGAUAAUUACGUUGAGAUUCUUUAUGGAAAUAUUCCGGAAGAGAAACACCAUAAUUUCAUUAAACUCGGUCCGUCCGAAGCAACUACUUACGACCUACCGUAUGAUUACAAAUCUGUGAUGCACUACAGGAAGAGUGACUACGCAAUGCCGUCUAAGAUCAGCAUACAGACUAAAGAUCCGAAGUACCAGGUACUUUACCUUAUUGUAGGCAUUUUGCUUCAAAAUUUCCAAACAGUAGUAUGGCUAGGCUAG